UAAAGCAGCGGAGGGGCGGGGGGAGGCUGCCGUGCAGCAGGGACACUUAGACAAGAGAGCAGCCAGCAGAGCCUCACUGGACAGCCCUCAGCGUUCACACAGAGAGAGAUUAUCCAUAACAGAUCAUCAUGACAGACAAAAUCAAGGGAAAGAAGAUCAUCUUCGUUGUGGGUGGUCCCGGCUCUGGUAAGGGCACCCAGUGUGAGAAGAUGGUGGCUAAGUACGGCUACACUCACCUGUCCUCAGGAGAUCUGCUCCGUGCCGAGGUGGCCUCCGGCUCCGACAGGGGCAAGAACCUCCAGGCCAUCAUGCAGAAGGGAGAGCUGGUGCCUCUGGACACAGUUCUGGACAUGAUCCUGGACGCUAUGGUUGCUAAGGCCGACACCUCCAAGGGCUACCUCAUCGACGGCUACCCCCGUGAGGUCAAGCAGGGCGAGGAGUUCGAGAAGAAGAUUGGUGCUCCCAGCCUGCUGCUGUACGUUGAUGCGUCCGGCGACACCAUGGUCAAGAGGCUGAUGAAGCGGGGCGAGACCAGUGGCAGGGCCGACGACAACGAGGAGACCAUCAAGAAGCGCCUGGACCUUUACUACAAAGCUACGGAGCCCGUCAUCGCCUUCUACGAGGGCCGUGGCAUCGUCAGGAAGGUGAACUCCGAGCUCCCAGUGGACGAGGUCUUCGGACAGGUGUGCACAGCUAUCGAUGGUCUGAAGUAAACUGGACAUGACUGGACGGACUGUUUUGGUCUUUUCCUUUGUAUCCCCCUUUUCAAUGUGUCCCCAUCUUAACAACAACAACAACAACAACAACAACAUCAACAAAAGCGCAUCAACAAAGGACAGAAACUAAGAAAAGAAAGUGCCGAGUCAUCCUGAGAGCCGGCUACUGCCUUAAUUCAGUCUGCUCCACAGGCACCUCAUCACGUCAUCUCUGAGCCCCCCCCCCACGCUCCGUCCAUAAACCAGCAGGACAGGUCGCCACCCCGGUCAUCAUCACCACCAUCACCACGUCUGUUUUUGUCUCUUGCGCUUAGGUGUUCUUCAGCUGAGUGUCCACCUGUCCACCCUGUGUGUGUGUGUGUGUGUGUGUGUGUGUGUGUGAGCGUGAGUGUGUGAGUGUGAGUGUGUCAUACACUGUCUCCUUUCAUUGCGCUGAUGGACCUGUGUCCUCCAUUCUCAUUAAAACACCUUCUUUCAAAAAGAAAAGAAAAACAUCA